AGUUUAGUUUGAAAAGAGAAGGUGGGUGGAAUGUUCAGGCAACCCAGUUUAUAAAGCCUCAAAUUCCUUCUCCCCUUCUUCUUUCUUUUUAUUUAUAUUUAUAUAUUCGCCUCUUCUCUUUUUCUUUAUUCUAAUUCUCAUCUUAAAUCUCUCUUCGUCUCAAUUACCAUCGGAUUCCUUUUUUUCUCAUCUUCUAUAUAUUUUUCUUUGAUUUUCGGAGCUCUGCGCAUCAGGUUUUUAUUUUCGGAAGAAAUUCUUGAAUUGAAUUUGUUGUCAAACAAUGGCGGAGGAGCACAGAUGUCAAGCACAGCGUCUCUGCGUCAACAACUGCGGAUUUUUCGGCAGUCCGGCGACGCAAAAUCUCUGUUCUAAAUGUCACCGGGAUCUCGAACUCAAAGAACACCAAUCUUCCAACGCUAAGCUCGCCUUUAACCAAACCCUAGCCGCCACGUCAUCGUCGGCUAUUUCCAUCCCCGCUUCAUCCCCUCUCCUCGUCGACCUACCGGCGGUCAGCAACAAACCGGAGGAAAAGAAAGAGGCGAAGGUUAAGGUAGAGGAGGCGGUGGUGCGGCCAAACAGGUGUAUGACGUGUCGGAAGCGCGUGGGACUCACGGGGUUCAAGUGCCGGUGCGACAUGGUGUUUUGUGGGACCCAUAGGUACCCGGAGCAGCACGAGUGUGCUUUUGAUUUUAAAUCUAUGGGCAAAGAACAAAUUGCUAAAGCCAAUCCUUUAAUCAAAGCAAACAAGCUUGAUAAUAAACUCUGAUUGGAUUGUAAAAUCAAGAAAAUCGGAAAAUUUGAUUUCAUUGUGUGAUUUGGGGAAGGUUUUAAGGACUCCGGAAUUUGUAAAAUUGGUCGUGAUUUCCGGAUUCCGGUGACCGCCGGGAGCUCUUGGGUUGUUAGAGGGUGAUUAUCUUGCCGGUUGGUUCGGUGGUGGGAAUUUAUUUAUGUGAUGUAUGUGAAUUUUUAAUCAUAAUUUUAAUCGCCUUUUUUAUUCA